AUGACUGCAAAUAAUGGUAGAGGAAGUGAUGAACAUAAGAGAAAAAGCAAUGUGGUUAUUGGUAAUGAGAAUAAUGGUUUGACUAGAAAUUUUGCUUCUUUAGUUGGAUCUGGACAUCCUAGUACUAGUUUUUGUUCCACCACAGAUCCUAAACAGUUGCAUGUUAGGAAGUAUCAUAAUAGCUUUAGUAGAGAAAUUGCAUUGAAAAAAGUUGAAGAACAGAUUCCUCUCAGGUUAAGCAAAAGACAAAAGGGGAGUGAUUCUAGGAUAAACUUGAAUCAUGAACCAUGUAAAAUGAAAAGUGCUUCAUCUACAUCUAGUUAUCCUCAAAAGGGAAAGGGAGUUAUUGAGAAGGAUUUCGACAAUGUUAUGUCUGGCGCGGAAUGUUUUAACGACGGAAUCGUGUUAAGAGUGUGGAUGAAGUAUGAGAGUCAUAGAAUGAAGAAACCAGAAAGGUUGUGUAUAUUUAAACAGAUCUUAGAGUUGGUUGAUUUUGCACACUCUCAAGGGUUUGUCUUGCAAGAGAUAAAACCGUCUUGUUUCACUUUAUCGCCUUCGAAUAAGAUUAAGUACAUUGGUUCAUAUAGCCAACAAGUGUUUGAUGACAGAAAAUCGUGUUUCACCGUGUUUAAGUCGUGUCUUAAGGCCAUCGUGACUUGUAAAGAGACAGAAUCUCUUAAGCAGCAGCAGCAUUUUAAAGAAAAGAUGUGUGUAGAUGGUUCGAGUUAUCGACGCGAUUUUGCAGAAGAAAAGCAGUUUGUUUCUGAAACCAUACAGUUAGAAGAGAAGUGGUACACUAGUCCAGAAUCGGUCGACGAUGGAACUUGUACUUUUUCAUCAAAUGUUUAUAGCCUUGGAGUUUUUCUCUUUGAGUUGCUGUGCAAUAUUGAAUCAUUGGAAGCACAUUCAUCUGUGAUGUUUGAUAUGCGUCAUCGAAUCUUACCGCCGAAGUUUCUAUCACAAAAUGCAAAGGAAGCUGGAUUUUGUCUAUGGCUUCUGCAUCCUGAACCUUCUUCUCGCCCCAAUACAAGGAUGAUUUUAGAAUCUGAGUUUAUAAGCGAAUUAGUGGAAUCGAGUUCCGGAGAUAAUGUUAUGGUCUCGGAAGGCGAUGUAGGUGACACCGAGGAGUUACUGAGUUUUCUAAUUUCGGUUGAAGAAGAAAAGAAAAAACAUGAAGCCAAAUUGGCAGAAGAGUUAAAUUUUUUGAAUGAAGAUAUCAAGGAGGUAGAAAGAAAUCAUUCAUAUGAGACUGAUACAGUAUUUCCUUUGGCACAAUUGAACUAUCGAAACUUUCAAAAUUCUUCCACAGAUAUCGGUCGAUCUAUUCCAAGGUCAUUCCCCGACGAAGCAAGGUUUAUGAGUACUAUUAGUCAGCUAGAGAAUAGUUACUUUUCCAUGAGAUUCCAAGGCCUGCUCAAGGAGGCUGCAACUGUUAAAACCAGCGAUAAAACCGUGAUGGAAAGUAGAUGGCGAUUGCCUCAUUUAGAGAAUGUUAGCAGUAAUGAUCCGAAGAGAGUUCAAGGCUCUAUCGGUUGUUUAGGACCUUUCUUUGAUGGUUUAUGCAAAUUCGCUCGUUACAGCAAGUUUGAAGAGCGCGGAACAUUGAGAAAUAGAGAUCUUCUUAGUUCUGCCAAUGUAAUAUGUGCCUUAAGUUUUGACCGCGACGAGGACUACAUAGCGGCUGGUGGGAUUUCGAAGAAAAUAAAGAUAUUUGACCUCAAUGCUACUUCGAGUGAUUCUAUAGACAUUCAGUACCCCGUUGUCGAGAUGUCAAACAAAUCAAAGCUUAGUUGCGUGUGUUGGAACAGUUAUAUAAAGAACCAUCUGGCUUCUACUGAUUACGACGGUGUGGUUCAGAUGUGGGAUGCAGGCACUGGUCAGCCACUGUCUCAAUACAUGGAGCACCAGAAGAGAACUUGGUCUGUUCACUUUUCGGUGUCCGAUCCAAAAAUGUUCGCUAGUGGAAGCGAUGAUUGCUCGGUCAAGCUGUGGAAUAUCAGCGAGAGAAAUUCUAUAGGAACCAUAUUGAGUCCUGCAAAUGUAUGUUGUGUUCAGUUCUCUGAAUACUCAUCGAAUCUAUUGUUUUUCGGAUCGGCUGAUUACAAGGUCUACGGUUAUGAUCUUCGUCACACUAAAAUCCCUUGGUGUACAUUAUCUGGUCAUGGAAAAGCUGUUAGCUAUGUAAAAUUCAUAGAUGCACAAACAGUUGUGUCUGCUUCCACUGAUAACACUUUGAAGCUAUGGGACCUGAAGAAAACUAGCUCAGCCGAAUUGUCAUCGGAUUCUUGUGACUUAACCUUUCGAGGUCAUAGUAAUGAAAAGAAUUUCGUUGGUUUAUCGGUUUUGGAUGGAUACGUUGCAUGUGGUUCAGAAUCUAAUGAGGUAUACUGUUAUCACAAAUCUCUGCCAGUGCCGAUUGCUUCUCACAAAUUCGAGUCAAUCGAUCCUAUUUCUGGCCAUUCAAAUAGUUGUGACAACAACGGACAAUUCGUUUCGAGUGUCUGCUGGAGAAAGAAGUCUAACAUGCUAGUUGCCGCCAACUCAGUCGGAAUUGUGAAACUACUGCAGAUGGUGUGA